GAGGAAGAGGGAGAUUGUGAUGGAGAAAGGGGGUCUGUAAAACGUCAGAAACAGCACAAAGGCUUUGCCACGUAAUUACAGCCUCCUAUUAAGUCGAGAUCUGCCCUCCCCGAGGUCUCCAAUUUUCAAGUAUUCCCUACAAAGCCUCCUCUGCAUGCCAGUCUGUGGCUUUUGAAGUGCCAGAGAGCUUCUUGAUCCAACUGAGAAGGGGAAAGGAGCUCCACAAGAAGAGGGGGGAGAGACAGAGACAGAGAAAGAGAGAAGGGAAAGCGAACCCCCUCCCACCACCCUUUCUUGGACUCUGAAACCUUUCCUUUUUUAAAAAAAAUCCUUUACGAAGAGUAAAGUGAGAAUCCUGCUCUCCAAUACAUCUGCAAGACAUCAUCCUCCCUCCUGAAACCCUAGCACUCCUGAGAAUCAACAGGAGUGCAGAAAGGGGGGAACACGUUUUCUUGAAGAUGUUUUAAAGCUGGAACAAGCCUUCUUCUGUCGGUGCUUAAACUCUUGCCUGGGAAUAACUUCUUAAACGUUUAGUGGCACCCCGAGCCGGGCCGGGGGAAGGCGGGCGGCGAGCAUGGCCUCCAGCUACGGCCACGUCCUGGACCGGCAGGCCGCCCUGGCCGGCCGCUUGGACAGCCCCGGGAACCUGGACACCCUGCAAGCCAAGAAGAACUUCUCGGUCAGCCACCUGCUGGAUCUGGAGGAGGCGGGGGACAUGGUGGCCGCCCAGGCGGACGAGAGCGUCGGCGAGGCCGGCCGGAGCUUGCUGGAGUCCCCGGGGCUGACCAGCGGCAGCGACACACCGCAGCAGGACAACGACCAGUUGAACUCAGAAGAGAAGAAGAAGAGAAAGCAGAGGAGAAACCGGACAACCUUCAACAGCAGCCAGCUGCAGGCCUUAGAGAGAGUGUUUGAAAGGACACACUACCCAGAUGCCUUUGUCCGGGAAGACCUCGCACGCAGAGUGAACCUCACCGAAGCCAGGGUUCAGGUGUGGUUUCAGAACCGAAGAGCCAAGUUUCGCCGAAACGAGAGGGCCAUGCUGGCUAACAAAAAUGCCUCCCUCCUUAAAUCUUACUCGGGGGAAGUGACCGCUGUGGAACAACCCAUCGUCCCGCGUCCCGCUCCAAGACCCACUGACUAUCUCUCCUGGGGAACGGCUUCUCCGUACAGUGCAAUGGCUACCUACUCUGCCACGUGUGCCAACACCAGCCCAGCCCAGGGCAUGAACAUGGCCAACAGCAUUGCCAACCUGAGACUGAAGGCAAAGGAAUAUAGUUUACAGAGGAAUCAGGUCCCAACAGUCAACUGAGGCCCCAGAAGAAACCCCCCCAAAAAAAAAACCAAACAAAGACACCCAUCCUGCUCUGUCAUUUCUUCAUCUGCUGGGAAAAAAAAUGCAGAACUAAAUUUGGGGAUAAAAGCAGAAAAAAGAGGAGAGGAGCAAGCUGAAAAAUUGGCUAAAACACAUUUCUCCUCACUUUGGAGUACCAAUCAUCCUGGUUUCCAUAUUUUGUCCCCCUGCUCAUUCAUGCUUUGCUCCGUAUACUUCAGCUUCUUCAGUUAAGUCCACCCCAGCCCAUUGUUUUAUGAUUAUUGUUUUUAAGAGUUCACAGCCUCAGAAGAAGACUUAUAUGCUGAAAAAGUGCCUGAAGCCACACCUGCCACAAUUCUAUCUUGACCCCUGUGGCCUUUCCUGCACCUUCCCCCCAAUCCCCGCCCACCCCCUCCGCCCCAAUCUCACCUUAUAGAAGCUUGUCAAAAGCCUUUGGAGAAGGAAAGCCUCAUGAAGAACCCAGACUAGACUUUCUCCGAGGUUUGCGAGCGGGCUUCUCUGCCGCCAUCCCCCCGGCCCACCCCUGGAGAAGGCCUCCAUGCACAACGCUCGACGCAACAUUUGAACGUGCCUUGAUCUCUUCCUAACCUGGCUGCCUGCAAACUCCAAGCCUUAGUCGAAAGACAGCCAUUCUGGGUUAAGACGCCUGUGUUGCUUUUGAAUGAUUUGCUGGCACUGCCAUUUUGAACAGCCAAAGAAAGUAGAAAUGCUUUUCAUUCCAGAAAGGAAGGGAAAAACACUCUGCAGAAAAAGGACUGGGAUCUGUGAUGGCGAAUUCUACUGUUUCCGUUUGGUGCCACGGGUAUUAAAGGGCUGUCAGAUGCACAUUUAUAUAUACUGUAUAUAGUUAUAUAUUAUAUAUAUAAAAUAUUCAUGCAAGCUUGGUUUUGUGGUUUCUCAAUAAAAAUGUCAGGUUGUCACUGUCACCACCUUGCCUGUCUCCCCAGUGAAGGGGCAAAUCAAUAAAUACCCUGUUUUCUUUUCUCUGGAUACAGCAGUUCCUAUCAAGUCCAUGGAACCAUAUUCAGGGUGAACCCUUUUUAAGCACGCAGUGUGGUUCUAAGUGGAUGGUGGUGAAAGCUCCUUUUCUAGACUGCAAACUCUGUGAGGGCAGGGACUCAUUCUACCAGCUUUGUUGUAC